AUGUUGACCUGCCUUAUAAACAGCAGUGGUUGCGAUGAACGCUUCAUUUCGAUCCAACCGACGAUGUCGGAGGUUGCUAACGGAUCUCCAAUAGAACUAGACCAACUUGACGAGAUGGACGCAUGUUACGAAACAUUCGACAAAGAUGGGGAUGGGAAGUUGAAUCUUGAUGAGUUCCGCCUGAUAUGUAAGGCUCUCUUCCGUAAUGACAAAGGCCACAUCUAUCCAUUGAGUGAAGAGAGAGCUAGGCAUAUUUUCCAAGUAUUUGAUAAGAAUGGAGAUGGAUACAUUGAUAAGGAGGAGUUUACAUUCUGCUGGAACCAUUGGAUUAAAGUAAUAGUACGCCCAGUGAGUGCAUUCCUCGUUGUAGAUGUCCAAAAUGACUUCAUCUCUGGGACCCUCAACAUCAGCAAAUGCAAUGCCCAGCAAGAUGGAAAUGAGGUAGUGGAACCGAUAAAUGCGUUACUCGAGUCGGUGCCUUUCGACUGCGUUUUUUAUUCUCUUGAUUGGCAUCCACCGGACCACGUCUCCUUUAUCGACAAUGUACAUAUGCGGGAGCUGGAUCCUUCGAGUCCUGUUUCAGCUGAUAAGGCACAAGCCUACGACACAGUCGUCUUUGCGGGCCCUCCUCCAAUGAAACAGCGUUUAUGGCCAAGGCACUGCGUACAGGACUCAUGGGGCGCAGAAAUUCAUAAGGACCUCAAGGUAGUAGACGGCGCGAUAAAAGUGUACAAGGGUACAAAUCCGGACGUGGACUCGUAUUCAGUGUUCUGGGAUAACAAGAAGCUCACCGAAACAAGUCUCAGCACUCAGCUGCGCAUGCGCGCGGUCACUGAUAUUUACAUCUGUGGCAUCGCGUAUGAUGUUUGUGUCGGUGCAACAAUAGCAGACGCACUCGCCAUAGGCUACCGUUCAGUGUUGAUAGAAAAUGCCUGUCGUGGCGUGGAUUUGGCUGACAUGCAACGGACUAAGAGUACCAUUAUUAAUAAUAAUGGACUUAUUAUUAAUUCUGAGGAUGUCCUAGCAAUGGUGGAAGGCCGUGAUAGAAGGCCUGAAUUGGGAUAUAAACUCGCCAUGGAACUGAAGAAUGCUAUGGACGAAGAAUAA